UUUGCAGGUAGUCUGGAUGAAGGGGCUCAUUUGCUCGCCUGCUCUGGAGCGAAUUGCACUCACGCACAUUCUGAAAGACGCUUACGGUAUCCGUGGGGAGCCGUUGAAGAACCCAGUCACUUAGGGGAGAAGACCACUUACAGCCGCCAAGAUGUGUGACAUGGGGGGACUGGAUAACCUGGUGGCCAACACGGCCUACCUAAAAGCCCAGGGUGGUGAUGACAAGGAGAUGAAAAAACGCCGCCGCAGCUUGGCUCUCCCCAAGCCGGAGAAUUGUGCUGCAGUGAGAACCUCCCUUGAAAAGGAUUUUUCAUUGCUUUGUGAAAGGCAGCCUAUUGGCAAAAAAAUCUUCCGUGAAUUUUUGGCAAAUAACCCUGAGUUUAAGCUUGCUGCUGAUUUUCUGGAUGACCUUUAUGACUGGGAUCUGGCUGAAGGUCCACCAAAAGACAAGGCACGUCAAGCCAUCAUGACGAAGUAUUGUAAGGCUGAUUCCAAGAAUUACCUAGCUUUUCUUACCGGGGAGCCGGCUGACAAAUGCAAGGCUGUGACAGAUGCCACGUUUGAAGAGGUGAUGAAAGGCAAAGUCCAGGAAGGUGUAAGAGAGUUUCUGAAAGACAAACCCUUCUCAGAUUACCAGGCCAGCCCAUUCUUUGAUAAAUUCCUUCAAUGGAAAGAGUACGAGAAACAGCCCAUCAGUGACAAAUACUUCUAUGAGUUCAGAACUCUUGGCAAAGGAGGCUUCGGAGAGGUGUGCGCUGUUCAGGUGAAGAACACAGGCCAGAUGUAUGCCUGCAAGAAGUUAUGUAAAAAGCGACUGAAAAAGAAGGGUGGCGAGAAGAUGGCCCUGUUAGAGAAGCAGAUCCUGGAAAAGGUUAACAGUCUGUUUCUGGUCAACUUGGGCUACGCCUAUGACACCAAGACCCACCUGUGCCUUGUCAUGACCCUGAUGAAUGGAGGAGACCUCAGGUACCACAUUUACAACAUAGGCUAUGAUGGCAAGGGUGUGGACAAGGGCAUUGAGAUGAAGCGCAUCAUCCACUACACAGCGCAGAUCACCACCGGCAUUCUGCAUUUGCACGAAAUGAAUGUUGUGUACCGUGACAUGAAGCCGGAAAAUGUGUUGCUGGAUAGCUUUGGCCAGUGCCGACUUUCGGAUUUGGGUCUGGCCGUAGAGCUUGUUCCAGAGAAGACCAUAACCCAGAUGGCUGGUACUGGAGCAUACAUGGCCCCUGAGCUCCUGACCAAAACUCCAUAUAGGACAUCAGUGGACUGGUGGGCCCUGGGCUGCAGUAUCUACGAGAUGGUGGCCGGAUACACACCUUUCAAAGGGCCCGAGAGCAAGAAAGAGAAGGUGGAGAAGGAGGAGGUACAGCGCCGUAUCCAAAAUGAGGAACCAAAGUGGGAGCACAAGUGCUUCGAUGCUGCCUCCAAGGACAUCAUCCAGCAGUUCCUCAAGAAGAAGAUUGAGGAGCGCCUGGGCAUGAAGAACAACAUGGAGGAUCCCAGGAAGCACGAAUGGUUCAAGAAAAUCAAUUUCCCCCGUCUGGAGGCCGGGCUGGUGGAACCUCCAUGGGUGCCCAAGCCCAACGUCGUCUACGCCAAGGACACCGACGACAUCGCAGAAUUCUCCGAGAUCAAGGGCAUAGAGUUUGACGCCAAUGACAAUAAGUUCUUCAAGGAGUUUAGCACAGGCGCCGUACCCAUUCAGUGGCAGACGGAGAUGAUCGAAACGAAACUGUUUGACGAGCUCAACGAUCCCAACAGAAAAGCGGGCGGAGGAGGAGACCCCGAUGAUGAGAAGAAGUCGGGCACGUGUAUAUUGCUGUGAGAUGUUCGAUGUCGUAUACCAGUUAUAACACUCAAUAAUCUGUUUGUUCUCUCAGUCAGAUGCUCACCAACAUUGAUGUGAAAGAUGCAUCAAGAAAGAGGUGUGCGUCUUUGUUAAGAGAGAUGUACCGUCCCUUUCUUUUAAGGGAUGCUCAAUGUUUAGAGACAACGCUAACCAGGCACGGUUUGGUCAAAUACGAAGGAUGUGAUGACGUAAUUUGCUCUCUGUGGUUCACUGCUUCUCUUGCAGAUAUCUAAAGAUGUAGACAUGCAACCAUAUUGACUGCUAGAAGUCAUUUUACAACCGUUUAUUAAGGACUAGAGUGAUAGAUUGCGUCCUUUGAACAAAUUCGAACAAACAUGCCGAAAUAUCUUUUAGUAUCUUCUUGUCGACUGUGUAAAGAUUUCAGUAUUGAAAAGCCCCCCUCCCCUCCCCAGACCGUUUUUUGUUCUAUAUUGAUGCCAUCACACCCUUUCCACAGUGAAAAGUGCUGAUUAAGAACAUGGCAAAGAACAUUUUUUGACCCCAAACCUCAUAAUUAAAAUUCAUCACAUCAUUGACAUCAAAGUGGUUGUUUUAGGUUUUUUUAAACAAUUGUAUCUAUUGUAUAUAAGAAAAAAAAUUAUCUAUCUAUCUAUGCACAGGGCAAAGAUGUAAUUCAUCUAAAAUAUAGUAUUUAUUAUUAAGAAAACAAUACCGAACACCUCUUCACUGAGUCCCUCUACUGUUGGUGCUAUGAGGCUCAACUUAGUGAGACAUGGGGACAUUUUAGCCGUGGGAUGCUGGGAAAUAAAGAGUGAGUGCAGGAGGCAAAUGUAGAGGAGUUGGAGAAUAAGUUCCUGUACCAGGAAUGUGCAGGUUGCCCCUGGAACACUGUGACACUUCAGGGUAGAGCUGCAACCAGAAGGAAAUCGACAGAAAAAUAAACGCCAACUAUUUUGAUAAUCGAAAGUUGCAGCCCUACUUCAGGGCGUUUUAUUUAGUUUGAGAUGAGUGUGAAUCACUCAGACUAGAAAGAUCCUGAAAAAGACUCGGGAUCAUUAAGCUGAGUAGAGACUCGGGUUAUAGAAAAAAGAAAAUCCUUGUAAGUCUUGUUUUACUUGUCUCAGGGUAAUUAUUUUUAAAUUUCCAGUUCUCGAACUGUGUUGAGUUUUUACAGCUGGUGUUAUUAAGAUAAACAUAUAUAUAUGUAUGAUACAUGUAAGUGUAAAUAUAACAAGAGAGAAGUUGCUUCUAUAGGAGUGUGAGAUGUAAAGCAGAAAUGUCUUUGAAUCCUGCAUCAUUUCAAAAAAUUAAAAUAUAUGUCUUUUAAAUAA